CUAUGUGUGAAGUUAAAAAUUGAGGUAAUAUAUUGGGUUCCCAUCUCCAUCAUUAUUACAUUCUAUUCCACUUUAAAUUUUAAUCUGUGCCUCAGUAGAAUAUGAUAGUUCAAGUAUUAUCUUGCAAUUGGAGUUUUUCUUUGUUACCAUCUGCAUGGGUCUAAUGUUUGGUUUAUUGCUAGACAAGUACUCCUGUAAUUUCCUUGCUAGUUGCUUUGGAAGAUAAUAAAAAACUUUUCAAAUAUUUUGAUAUGUGUUGUUUAGUCAUCCAUGUUCAGGAAUACAUACACUAAAGGGGCAGGCAAUGGGAUCCUCCAUAUGCUCUUUGCUCUCCAGGCUCUGAGAGGACUGGAUCUGCAGACUGGCUUUUUCAAGUUGAGGCAAAUUAAAGCUGCCCCUAAUAACUUUGAUCCUGUAAACAAAAUUGGGCAUAUUAUUGGAUGGCACUACAAUUGCAGGCAACUCUUUUCAAAAUCAAAGCGAGAAAAUCGUGAGUUUGUGAAUGAAGUAGCAUGAUAUCUGGUUGACAACAUCCAGAUGUGGUUAGGUUAUACAGUUGCUGCA